AUGUCAGAUGUGAGAGACUGGUUCAGAUCCUUGCCGACGUUUACGAGAUAUUGGUUAUUUGGCACCGCGCUUCUGACGUUACUCGGCAGAUUCGGAAUUCUGAGCCCGCACACGCUGAUCCUGUCCGACCGAUAUCUGAAUAACUUCGAAGUCUGGCGGGCGGUUACGUGCGUCUUGUAUUAUCCCCUCAGCCAGGGCACCGGCUUUCAUUUCCUGAUCAACUGCUACUUCUUGUACAAUUACUCGUUGAGGCUGGAGCGCGGGGAAUAUGACGGGAAGCCCGCGGAUUACGGCUUCCUGCUCAUGUUCAAUUGGAUAUGCUGCGUCUUCAUCGGAUACCUCGGCCACUUUCCCCUGCUCAUGGACCCCAUGGUGCUCAGCGUGUUGUACGUGUGGUGUCAGCUGAACAAGGAUGCCAUUGUAAAUUUCUGGUUCGGUACGCAAUUCAAAGCCAUGUACCUGCCGUGGGUCCUGUUUGGAUUUAACUUGAUUAUCUCCGGUGGCGGCACGAUGGAGUUUUAUGGGAUUCUGGUAGGACACCUGUACGUCUUCUUGAAAUUUAAGUAUCCUCAGGAGCUCGGUGGUCCGGAAUUGCUUAAAACUCCUAAGAUACUUGAAAGUUUCUUCCCACCUCAAAGAAGCGGGAUUCGAUCAUUUGGGAAUAUACCUGCGCCAAGACCAGCGGGAGAGCAGAAUGCUCAAGGAAGGAAUAUAUUUGGGGGACACAACUGGGGAAGAGGUCAUGUACUUGGUCAAUAGUUAAAAAGUUAAAAGAGAAAGACUUAUGAACUCGAUAAGAAAUUUAUUAUUUCAUUAUAUCUGUCUCGCCGUCUACGACUGAUAUAACAAGUCCUUACUUCUGCGUUACCGAUUCUUCCAAAUAUCUGUUUGUUAACUUUUGUGCAAUUCUGAUAAUUGGAAUAUGAGUUUAAUAUUUGCAUUUCGAUGCAAUUUAAUAAAAUAAAAAAAAUGUGUAUUUUAUAAAUAUAUAAAACUAAAAAGGA